CUUACAAGCAAUUCCCUCGACAGCGAGCCGAAAACCAAUACCAAAACCGUGAAAGAAUAAAGAAGGUCAAAGUAGACAGAGUUGGUUAUACGACGUAAAACUAAAAGGUCAAGACGCUUUUGUUUGUUGUAUCCCAAAAAAAAUUCGGUUCCGAGUGUCAACCUUGUUCUGUGUUCAACUCUGCUCUUCGACUAAACAAAGAUGGUUCAACAUCUGCUAGAUGAAACGAAAUCAAGUGGCUCCGGCGACGCUGCUGCGCCAGCAGCUCCAAUUCCUGUGGAAAAGCAGUCCAACGACGAAAACGAUGGCGAGGCCAAGCAGAAGGAGCACGGCACAGGCGGAGGAGGCAAUGAAAAUCUCGGAAGAGAUGGAGACCAAGACUCUUCAAAGGAAAGCCCGAACGGAGACAAGAGCGGAACAGAGGAGCGGGCGAGGACAAACUCGAACAUACUAGACAACAUCGACGUCGACGCAAACCGUGAUGUCGUGCUGAACUCUUUCUCUUCAACAAGCCACUGUCAUGGCCAUGGGGACAACUUACCCCCAACUUCAGCGGUCAACUCUCCUGAGCUUGCUGCGCCAGAUGAGCAGCUAGAGAAGGAUGAAGUAAAUGAAGAGGCUGCACCAACAGGAAGAGUUACACUCGACAGCACAAAGAAAAAGAAUACAGCCGUGAAAUCGCCGCUCGGCAGUGCCGCAUCAAGGACGAGUGGUGUUUUCACGGCAGAUGAUCUAUUGGACGUAGCGGAGGGCAGCCUGAAAAGGAUCCGGCUCCCCGAGCCCUUCGAAACGGAACCGGGACAGGAUGCGUACGACGAAAUUUUCGACGCGCUACGGUGGGAGGCCUUGGACUUAGAAGACUUGACCAAACAGGACGCUGGACCGAACAACAAGACGAAAACAGAUAUCAAAAGCGGCGCGUCAUCAUCAAGCUCGUCAAGCUCGAGCUCUUCAUCAUCAAACGCAAAUAAUUCCGCACAAAAAUCGAAGACGACCCUCCAAAACAAGCCGCACUUGGGUGAGGUCUUGCGCACCGCAACGCUUGUGGGUUACGAAACUAAGACAUGGAAGAAAAUGAACGACUUUUUCAAGAUGGUGGAGGAGGGAAGCAAGGAUUUGACGAAGGAAAUCACCGGAAACUCGAAGAACAUGAGCACCGGGAAUCGCUACCCGUGGUCGCGGUCCGCCUGGCGGCACGAAGUCCUGGUCGAAAAACUCAACUUCAAGGAGUACAGAACUGCGGUCGUUUUGUACGACUCCGACACCAUGACCAUCAAAUCCUGCUUCCUGCCGCACCUUCCGAAUGACCGCGCAGAUUGGAUGUUCUCGUCGUCGACCACGACGUCCACGACCCAUUCAUCGUCGUUUGCGUUUCCCAGCACAUCGAAGAUGAUGUUGAACAGCACCACAAGCUCAUCUUCAUCUUCUUCUUCUUUGCUCGCCAGCGCCGAACCGUUUUCCUACGGGCGCGGGAUAUCCGUACCGAACUCGGACAAACCCGGGGGUUACCAUAUCAAAGUGAAAAAAGUCCCACCCCAUAUCGGAAACGGAAGAUGCGCGAAUUUGUGAUGCUGUAUUUGAGUACACAAAUCAACUUGUAUUGCUAGAAGGCCAAGCGACAAAGCUGCGGCCUAAAUUGCAGGCAAUCUGUCAUGCUGUUUCCCACUUCCAGUUGCCUCCUGUCAUCCUGGAGCUGCGAGGCUUUCCCACGCUAGACAGCACUACAGUCCGCAUCUCUUGCCUUCUAGCAUCACAAAGCUGUUUUGUGACCACAAAUCUGCAUCACAGAUAUCCGCUUUGAUAUGGGGAGGGGGCAUUUUUCAUUGUAAUAUACCAGAUCAUUGAUCAGGCUUUAGGGAUGAGUGGCUGGAUUGGCGGACGGGCGACGAAAGCUUCUUGCGGGGGAAUGCACAUGUUCGGCUCGCACGUGGUGCCACCUUACUCGCCAGAAAUGAACCCUGGGACGUUGCAAAGGUAUGGGUCCCGGAAAACGAAGCCGGGCAACGACGAGCAGGACGAGGCUGGUAUAAUAAAAAAGUUUGUUUGCUUUUUGUGACUGUUCUUGUGGUAAACCUAAACGGAAAUAAGUAGGGAAAGAAAUGGUAAUGGUCGCUCAGGUAUCGAUCCUAGAUCCGGCGAUUUCUACACAGAGGACUUUGCAUUGGCAGUACCGAAACGCGACGUAGUUGACCGCGUCGUUGUACUGAACCCAUUUAUCCUGAUCCACCUCAUUCAGAUCGAUAUUAAGGAAUGUCAAUGUUUCUAAGUGUCAUCGAUUAAAUUAGUUUCUGAGUGAUUUAGAUUUUCUGUAUCCCAAAAAGGUCCUCGCGCUGACGAUGAAGAAAACAAGAUGCCCGGAAGAGAACAUGGAAGCAACAAGGUAAGCGAGAAAGAAAUCGCCGGAACCACGAAGACCGCUUCCUCAGGACAACAAGUAGAAGCGCAAAGUCAAAAGGGCUACUGGCUUCCGAAAAUCCAGGCCGUGGACGAUAUUGUGUUUGAUUUUGCCCGCCACUACGCGCACGCCGAGCGGCUAGUAGUUCCCGCGGCCGCGCACAGUCGGCAGCGCAUCAUGGAGGCGCUGGACCCUGCGUCAGAGUGGGGGAUCAUUCCUGGGCAGCCCCAUUCGGUUUGCAACGGUGCGCACAUCUGCAGCAAGUCGCUGCAGUACGUCGUGAUGGUCCACGCGGAUUCCACAACCGACGGCACGCUGGAAGCCAUCUACUUUUAUAGGCCAAAAAAAAAGGCGCGAAGCGGUCUCUACGGCGAGUUCCCGACCGGCCACAAGUGGAUGUUUCUGGCGGGUGCCGUCUUCGACAUGUCCAUGGCCCGGGGGUCGGGGAGCUUCGUCUACGUGCACUGCUCGAGACCGGACCCAGUCUACCAUGGGACGCUGCCAACGUUUACCAGGGUGGCCGAAGAGCAGGAAAACACCGCGCACGAUGGUACAGCUACUGCUUUACUUCAUCCGUAGCUGUGUUUCUUUUUCCAUUUUGAUGCUGUUCCACUAAAAAUCUUCUUCAUCAAUCAUGAUUCUGCUGGGCGGUCCGACGUCUUCUCUUCGCUCCUCCGAAGAAGUGCAAAUAUGUUCGUUGAGUUGUGCAUGCUGGAUAAGGAUAUGGAUUUAAUAUCAGGUAUGGGAUCUGCCUUUCUCGUGCAGGAUAAUGUGGCCAGGUUUCUCGCGGACGAGGGGAAUCGCGGGGCCGGAAUGAUCGCGAAUAUCAAGGCGGAAAGCGCCAGGCCUAUGAUUGUCCGGCCGGGGUUCAAGGCCGUCCGUGGCUUCGGGGGGUCGCGAGAACAAACACGGACUCGGGCGCUGCUCAAGCGGUGCCAGGAGCUUGCGGGUCGCAAACCGCAAAUGCAGCGCGAACAGGGAAACAUCAAGGAGGCGCUCGCUAACUCUACCACUACCUCCACCACCAUUUUCGGAAAAAAGAAAAAAAAGAAAGAUAAAGAUGAGACGAAGGACAGCAAAAAGGCUAUCAAGGCGCUUCUGCAAAGGCACAAGACCGGUCAAGCCGACAAAAUAAAGCGAGACAGUCUGUUGCGAAAAAGCAAAAACAUUCUUGCGGCGAAGGGCAAAAAGACGUUGAAGUUCAAGUCCAAGAAAGCGCGACAGCUGGCACAAAAAAAGAAGAGCAUGGAGUUUAAAAACGCUCGCAAAGCGUUGAUAAACGCGGGCGCAUACGAAUACAAGGUGGGCACGCUAGCACAAGUACUUCUGGCACAGUUGGAGGCCGGGGAGAUGAAAGAGAAGGUCGCGCAGCCACAAAUUAACCAGGAGGGCGAGGAGGUGAAGGGGAAGGUCAUUGCUGCGGGUCAAGCCCACAGCAACCUUGUUACACUGAACGAGAUGAUGGAAGGCGGCGAUGAGAGUAUGAAGAAAGCCUCCUCAUCUAGCAGCUCAUCUAGUUCUUCCUCUAGUGCAACUGUAACUACUGGCGGCGCUGUUCUUGCACCUCCCGCACCAGAUGAAGAUGUUGCAAAUAUGGAAGCCGCAAGCCAGAACACUCUGUCUAAAACAACGCUCAUCACUUCUACGGCACAAGCUGAAGCUGUACCACAUCAACAAAGCCAGAAGAACGACAAAGCCGAAGCUUCGUCUUCGACAUCGUCAGCGACCACAUCAGUAGUAGAACAGUCAGAACCAGAAGCGCAGGAGAAACUACCAGACACCCCUGCUAGCGUAGAAAUCAGCCUAGCCAGUUUGCGGACUGUGAAUCUUGAACAUAACGUGAUGGCGGAACCCGGCCCGACCGGAAGCUUUGAAAUUCGUUUGGAGGACUUUGCGACUUGCGAGAAAACCGGGCAGCCGUUGUUCGCCUUCAACAAAAUCAUGGAGCUUUUGCAAGCCAAUCUCGACGCCCGUGUGCAGAAGCGCGGCCACUACAACGCGAUCCAGCGGACUGCCGGCAUCUUGCGCAAAGCGCAUAUCGAAAAGCAGUUUUCUUGUGCCAAAAUUCAAUCUGGAACCGUUCAGCCGCUGCGCGUCGACCGCGUCUCCGGGGCGGUCAUUGUGGGCCACGAGGCAGUUGCGAAGUUGGCGCGGACAAAAAACAAAAGCGUGACAGAGUUUCUGAACGAGAGGCAGUACAAGCAGCACAGGAGAGAGACGCGCGAACUCGCCCGGCUGCUGCAACGACUCAGAAAGCAGCCUGGAGAAAAUAGCGCCGGAGAAACAAGCUCAGAGGAGAGCAAGGUAGAAGACGACGACGACGUUGACGUCAACAACGACAAAAAAGAUCAAGAGCGAGAUGAUGAAGAUGAUAAUAACGCGUCUGCCGGAGCCGAAAGUCGUCGUGCAAGGCAACUUGUCAAAGAGCGGAAAAAGGAAGCUGCAGGUGCAGGAGCGCCGAAGAAAUACAAGAAAAAGAAGAAGAACAAGAAGAGGACUCCUUCGAGGUCACGUACGCCGCGCCGCCGCCGAGCCUCGAACUACGACGAUGACAAUAUCCGGCUAGAAGUCAUCACGAAUGCGAAAGGCCGCUUUUUUGUGUACGAAGUACGGGGGCGGGACGGGGACGAGCGCGAGCGGAUUGCGCUGCGCAGGGGCAACCUAUCGCGAGAAAAAACUGUUUCACUGUGAACUUGUGAUGCAUAGAACGGAACGCAAAUGAAAUGUGUUUGUCUUGCUACACAUGCAAGACAUUGGAUUUUUAGCUGUGCUUUCCCUUUAGGAAGCACGCAUGCCAAGUUUUCUUUGUCAUGUGUAACAAACUUGUGAUGCAAAACUUGCAAAAUCAUCACAGUGAAACAGUUUUUUCGUGGGAUACAACCUGACGGACGAGGGCGCUCCGCCCGCGUCGGGCGAGGCGCUGCGACAGUGGAAGAUAGCGGAAUGCAAACGGCUACAGGAGCGCAGAAAGCAGGGCAUCGUCGAGACUCCGCCGAAGAGGUUGGGGCGGCAUGAGAAUCCGCAGGAAAGGGAUCAGGAAAAACUGGCGCGGCCACCGGUCCAAAGGGUGUACUGGAACGAGGACCGAUUCUACGUGUACGACGAGAAAUUCGUUGAAAAAACGCCGGUUGCCAGCGGAAAGAAAAAGAAGAAGGACAAGAAGGAACGAUCUUCAAGCGUCCGCAUCGAGCGUACGCUCGUUCGAAAGGGCAAGGAAGGCGAUUCCGACGCUCCUCCGAGGCCCUCGCCGCGCGGCAAAGAAGUGGCGAAGAACCCGGUCGGCGAUCAAGAAAAGGCACAAGAAGAAGACCCGAAACAGGCUGUUGAAGAUGGUGUAGUUGAAGAAGAAGAUGCCGAUACUAGUGCCAAAGAUCCCCUCAAAAAAAACCAGAAAGCGCGGCAGCAAAAUCAAAAGGACGAUUUGCAUCUGCCGGAUGAUGGCGAGCAGCCAGAAGUUGAGGGAAAGGCAAAACCUUUGCGGCUGGUCUUCAAAAAGCUUCCGCCGAGGAAGAAGAAAGAGAAUGCAGAAACGGAUGCAGCUGCCAAGAAAAACAACGACGCUCCUGCACCUGCUUCAGCAUCUUCUUCUAUCGAAGAACAAGUAGAAGACGCUGUGGCCGCUGGACCACGAAAGGAGAUCUCGGAGUCUGAUCCGAAACCGAAUUGCAGCCCCGCAGCAGAUCUGUCUUCCAGUGUAAAAGACGACGACAAGCAUCAACAAGACCGUCCUGCCAUACAUGAUGCGGCGAAAAAGCGACACAAGCCCGCCGAGGAGGUUGCAGUGGUCGAGUCGCAGCUGGAAAAGACACAGCAGAAAAUGAAGGAAAAGCUGAAAAAGCGAAAGCUUGAGCAAGCUGCAAAACCAAAAGACGAUACCGCUUCUGCGUCCUGA